AUGACAAGCCCAAGGCCCAGCCUCGGUGGGCAACCCCACACCCCACGCCGCUCACAACAUAACGGCGCCAAUGGCGCCAAUGGAACAAAUGGAACCAACGGCUCGCCGAGCGGGUACACGAGCCUGCGCGACCUCGUGGCCCCGAUCAGUCCUACGUCGCCCCGCCCCGCACUGCGUGACUGGAACUUUGCGCGCGGCGUUGAGGAGGACAUGGAAGGCGAGCAGAGCCGGAUCGAGCUGCCUGAACUCAAGGAGAAGCGCCGCCUAAGCCUAUGGCGUCUGAUCGCGCUCACGGUAUCGAUGGGGGGGAGUCAGAUCGCCUGGACAGUCGAACUCGGAUACGGUACACCAUACCUACUCGACCUGGGUCUCAGCGAGGACCUCACCUCCCUCGUGUGGCUCGCUGGCCCGAUCUCAGGCCUCGUCGUCCAGCCCCUCAUCGGCGUUAUCUCGGACUCGUCGACUUCUAGGUAUCGCCGGCGGUACUGGAUUGUUGCGAGCACGAUUCUGCUCGUCAUUUCGACCCUCGGGCUCGCGUUUACCGAACCCGUCGCCAAGGCCAUCGUCGACAUCUUCGGCGGGGGUCAGGGUGAUUGGGACCCCCGUCAUGGCCGCUUGGUCAAGCUCACGGCUAUCAGCAUUGCUGUGUUCUGCUUUUACAGUCUCGACUUUGCUCUCAAUGGCCUACAGGCUUCCCUCCGCAACCUCGUUUUUGACGUCACACCAGAGGAACAGAUUAACGCGGCCAACGCUCUGCACGCCCGUUUCCUGCAUCUGGGAAGCAUUGUCGGCUUCGCGCUGGGCUACAUCAAACUCGACUCUGUCCCGAUCAUUCGGUUGAUCGGCGGCGAACAGUUCCGCAAGCUCUGCAUUGUCGCCAUGACGCUCCUAGUCAUUACUGUGUGGAUCACGUGCUUCACAAUCGAUGAGGACCCACGCUCAUGUCUCGUACCCAACACGAACCGGGGCAAGCUGCGAGACAUGUUUUACGCAAUCGACCAGGCAAUACGCACCCUCCCUGAGCCCGUGCGCCGCAUUUGCGCUGUUCAGUUCGCCGCCUUCGGCGGUUGGUUCACCUACUUGUUCUACUCGACCACGUACAUGCAAACGGUAAUGAGCCACGAGCAAGGCCGCAACGCCGACCGCGGCGAGGCAACCCGCGUGGGGAGUUUUGCCAUGCUCCUCUACGCCUUUGUGGCCAUUACCGCUGGCACAGUGCUCCCAUGGUUCUCGCAGCGCGACGAGCGCCUCCUCCCAAACGACUACGACGACGACGAGGCGGAAUCCGCACGUAUCCGGGACACGGUGGACGUCUGGCGUCGCGACGCGCACCGUCGUGGCCGACCACUCAAACUCCCUCGAAUGCCUUUCAUGCUGAGAGACGUGUGGACGUGCGCCCUCGUCUUCUUCUUCGUUCUCAUGAUGAGCACAUUCUUCAUCUCAACCGUGUGGCAAGCGACAACCAUGAUCGCGCUGGUAGGUAUCUGCUGGGCCGUGGCGAUGUGGGUGCCCUUCGCGAUCAUGAUGGAGUUCCUACGCGAAAUCGAUGCCGAUAACGACAAGGACAGGCGUACAGCCCCACCAUCCCCAGAAGUGUCAUCAUCACCGGACGAGACCCGCCUUCUAGUCGACCAUACCUUACAGAACGCAUACUCUGCAGUCGACCUUGAAGCUGCCGGUAUAGAGUAUGCCCCGCAAGGACCCGUUGCAGGGGGAACGAUCAUGGGCAUCCACAAUCUCGCGAUUGUGUUCCCACAGUUUCUGAUCGCCAUCGUCGCCAGCAUCAUCUUCAAGGUGGUCGACGGUGACUUACCCCCUGAUCAUCUCGAGCCAGAGUUCCGCGAACGGACCGGCGUAUCGUGGGUGCUAAGGUUUGGCGGGCUCGCCGCCCUCGUCGGCGCGGUCUUGUGUCGCCGUGUCCCGCCCACGCGGACGGAGAAGGCUAUGCGCCGCCGCCUGGCCGAGAUGCGCGAGGAGCAGGAGCAGGGUGAGUAG